GAUUUGCUCAAAGGUUUCAGAUUGUCCAAUUAAAAAGACGGUAUCAAAAAAGUUUCUCUUCCGUCAAUUUAACAACAUGGCAGAAAAAUGGGGGUGUCUAUCAACUUCAGUCAUUUAAUUAUUUAUUAUUGUACAUGAUGACUUGAUUUUUAAACGAUCAAGAUGAAUGUUGACAUUGAAAAUAAUAUUCGCCAAAAUCAUCCAUGGACCAAAUUGCCACCAAAUCUGAAGCAGGUGUUGGGAAAUUCUCAGAGAGAGUAUGACAAAGCCAUUGUUUCCUUUAGUAUAAAGAAUCAGUUGAGAUGGAAAGCAAAUAUUGUAAAGACAAUACGUAAAGAUGAGAAGAGAUAUUACAUGGAUAUGUUACAGUACAGCCAGGAUCACCUGAUGUUAUACCCAUACCAUCUGUCUGACAUAGUCGUCAAAGGACUCAGAGUUACACCAUUUGUAUAUUAUAUUAAUAUGAUGUCUGAUAUCAUGUCACAAGAGAAAAGUUAUGACUCGUUACCAAACUUUACUGCAGCUGAUUGUUUAAGACUUCUAGGAAUCGGUAGAAAUCAGUAUAUUGACUUAAUGAACCAGUGUCGGUCAUCCAAGAAAUUUUUCCGAAAGAAAAAUCCAAAAGAAUUAUUACCUAUCCAACCAAUAGAUACAUUACUGAUUGAUCAUUGGUGGACCAUCUCUACAGGGUAUAUAACAGAAGAAGAUAUCAAGUUAUGUGCACAGACAGAAAAAUUAAUAAUUGACAGCAUCAUAGACAAUGGUACUCAAACUGCUGGAGAAAUUGACUAUGAAGCCUUACAUGCUUUAUAUAGAAAAGGUUAUGUAUAUGUAGACGUACCUAUAGAUGAUGAUGAUUGUAUAAUAGUGCCUCCAUUAGAAGGAUUUGUGAUGAAUAGAGUUUUAGGAGAUUAUUUCGAGACAUUGUUGUACAAAAUAUUUGUAUCUAUUGAUGAACAUACAACUGUGUCUGAGCUGGCCAAUGUUCUCCAGAUUGACCUUGAACUUGUAAAGAAUGCAGUUUCUAUGUACUGUAGACUUGGCUUUGCUAAGAAGAAAGGAGCAGAAUCAAUCAAUUCAGAUGAUGUUCAUCCUUCAUGGACUAGUGUUACACAGGCAUCUAAAAAACCAUCAUCAGAUCAGCUGAUUGUCACAUGGAAGGAAGAAAAAGUAGAACUGAAGGAGUUAGCUGAUACCACAGUACAGGAGGAGAAAAGAGAUGUCAGUGCUCUAGAAAAAGCUAUGGAGGAAGAAAGUGCCACCAGUGGAGGAAGUAAAAGAAUAGCUUUUCUCUUUGACUCUACUCUUACUGCCUUCCUUAUGAUGGGAAAUUUAUCACCAGGAUUAAAGAGCCAUGCUGUUACAAUGUUUGAGGUUGGCAAGUUGAGUGACGAAUCAUUGGAUAGCUUUUUAACAGAACUUGGAAAGGUUGGGUUUGAAGCUGAAGGUGAAGCAAGAAGAUACUUCCAACAUGCCCUGACCUUGAGAGAUACAUUGAAGUUCCUGAGAUACAACAAAGAUCUAAAUAUAGACACAGACAAUGGGAAUGGCCUAGCUGUUGAUUUAAUUAGAUGUGAAAGUUUGUUAGGAUUAGAUCAUGCUACUAGAGCUAGAGUAUUAAACAGAAAUUAUAGUUUGCUAGUAUCAAUGGCUCCACUGAGUUAUGAAAUUAAACCAGUAACCAGUUGUUUACCACAACAUAUAGGCCCUGCUAUAGCUGAGGCAAAUUCUGUGUGGUUUAAGUUAUUCAUGUACAAGUUAACAGGAAAUGGUCCACCUUCUAUGUUACUGGUGAAAGGAACACGUCUUCAGAGAUUACCCAGUAUUUUUCAGGAAUAUGAAAAAUUAUUAGUUACUACAUGGGGUCAUGACCCAGGUGUUAUAGCAGCUUCAAACAUAUUGGUGACACUGAAUGAUGCUCUUACUCACUCUGCUGUUUUAGUUCAGGCACAUGGUUGGCAGUCCAAAGGAAAGGUUGUCAAUAUAUCGUUUCCUUUUAAAAAAGAAGAUGGUGCCUUUUCUAAAGAUAUAAUUCAGAAUCACCCAGCAGUGCAAUGCCUUUGUGAGAAAAUAGACUUACAGCACUCAUGUGGUUAUGUUUCUCUACUCAAUACUGGUCUAAAUUCUAAAGCUGUAUGGAAAGAUGAUUCAGAUGAUGAUGAAUUUUACGAUGAUGUUAGUUAUGAUUUUAGUGUCAAGGGAGACAAUUCCAGUAUUUCAAGUGCAGAUAACUUUUUAAAAAUAGAUGGUGAAAACUCUCCAUCACAUCCAUGUAAUGGUGUAAAGGACCAAGUUUUAGCAGACAUGUUGGCUUCAGAACUGGAUAUGUUAGACUCAGAUUCUUCACAUAAAUCAAAUGACUUAGACGUUAAAAAUGUAAAACAAACAAUGUCAUUAGAUUUGAAAUCAGACACUUGUUCAAAUUCUCGGAAAAAGUCCUGUGAUCAUUUUACUAAACCAGAUGAUUGGGUUUUGUUAGAUUGUUUCUUUGGCAUUCCAUUGUUUGAUCCUAAUCUGAACAAGGAAACAUGUGCCAAGAUUGUCUCAAAUGAAAUUUUUAAGAAUGAAAGCCUAGAAGAAUUACUACAUUCCAACAGAAGGUUAACUUUGAUGUUGUUAGAUUUUAUAGCAGAAUGUCAGGCAGUUUCAGGUGAAGUUGCCCAGGAUUCAUCAACGCCCUCUGGUGGUGAACAUAGUACACCAUACCCUACUAAAAGCCUGUUGUUUGAUAAUGGACAGAUGGACAUUUGGGCAGAGAGAUUUAACAGAAGAUAACAAAAACUGAAAACUAUAGAAAUACUUUCUUAUUAUUAAUUCAGAGCAUGAUUUGUCACAGGCUCAUCUGGUUGUAAAACAUUUAAAAGUUUAGUAGCCUUACCAAGUACAGGGUUGAGUAAAAAUAUGAAAAUUUAAAAUUUAAAGCACAUGUCUUUUAGCGACUGCAUGAUGUGAAUGUUUUCAUAAUUGAAGCUGAUUUGACUACACUGUGUUGUUUUAACCAAAGUCUCCAUAUCUUUGAAGUUGUCACAUGGUAAAAAUAUACUAUUUGCAUUCCAGUUUUUUUGUGGCAAAUAUCAUAUGAUAAAAGACAACUUGUCUUAUUUUGGUGGCAAAAUACACAUUCUUAGGAGAUGGCUCAUAAAACCAAUCCCUUGUUGAUAUGAUGUAAUAUAUUGUACAAUCAUGUGUACUUCUUUUGCUGCUCUGAAAUGCAUGAAAUGCAGAUACAUGAAAAAGGUUAUGAUAUAAAAGGCUUUUAAUAUCUUCUGGCUAUGUUAAUACAAGGUGCUUAAUAUACAUGCACUAGUUAAAAUCCUAGUCAGUCUUGUUUAUUUCAUCAUAUAUUAAUCUGCAUAAUUUCAAAAUGAAAUCCUUAUUGUAAAGGAGAUUGUGAUAAUAUCUGUAUAAUUAAAUGAACAAUGUAGAUUUCUAUUUCAUAAUUUUGGAGACUUGAAGUCCUGUCUUUACCAAACCUCAUAUAAGAACUUGUGAAAGUAAAUCUUGUAUACAUAGAAUAUAUGUUCAUUGAAAAACAAAUUAUGAAAUGCACAAAAAAUAAAUCUAAAUCAUGUCUUUAGUCACAAAAGGUCUCAAUUUAAGCAAAUAUUGCAGUACUUGUAAAUGCUUUCUUUCCUAUCAGCUUGGUUGACAUAUAUCUCAAAGUAUUUUCGUUGUUCCAUAUUUUAACCUUUCAUAAAUGUGUAAGGAAGAAAUUGUGGAUUUGUCUUUUGUAUUCUCACAACAGAAGAAUAAUUAUUGUAUUUAAUGUUCUAUUUAGACUGCAAUUACAUGGGACCACAGAUAAAGUGAUUAAAAUAUCAAAUAGAAUUUAACAAUUUCCAUUUGAUGUAAACAACAAUGUGUUAUAUUACAACUUGAUAUCAAAUUACAUUUUAUUUCAUGAAGACUAUGAUAGGCUUGGCAAAAGCUAGCAGUAAAAUGGAAUCAUUAAAAAUGCAUCUCAUAUUUAAUCAUCAAUUUUACUUGUUUUUACAUUUUGAUGGUUUCAUCAUUUGUUUUUACUGUAAAGAACAUUACAAGAAAGAGUAACUGACAGAUUAUCAUUAUAUUUCAAGCCAAAAUGUCUCAUGAAAACCAAAGUCAUUGUCUAAAACAAGCUAACUGCUUAUAUAUACUCCUAUUUUCACAGAAAAUUACAUAUGUUAAUAUAAAAAAGUAAUCAUGAUUCAGGUUGAAAUACAGUUGUUGAUCAUAUCAAUUGGUAUAAAUACUUUCUCAAUGAGAAUUAUUGUAUAUCCUAUUGAUUGCACAAUUACAUCCCAACAGCAUUCGAUUCAAAAGCAGACAUAACAACAUAUAAAUUAUAUUAAUUAAAUGUUACCAAUCUUACAUGGUAUUUUAUUCUUUGAAAUUGUUAAUUUAUGGAAUUUAAUAUUUUAUGUUAUUUAUCAAAUAAAAAAAUAUAUUUGUUGA